CGUCAAAGAACGAGGGAACAAAAGUGUCCAUAAUACUCUAACAGUGUCCGCAACACUCCCACACCCUCUCAAAAAAAAAAAAAAAAAAAAUUUACACGACCCCUAGCAGGCCUCUCCAGCAGCAGCAGCAGCAGCGCCGCCCACUGCCCACCCAGACUAACAUGGCCGGACUUUUAUCUGGGGAAUCAUCACAUCAUGUAACAUCUGAUGGUGGGUCUUCAAGAAAUUCCCAAGACAGGCAAGAGGAAGUGGGUCGCUGGUAUUUGUCGAGAAAGGAAAUUGAAGAAAAUUCUCCAUCAAGAGGAGAUGCGAUUGACCUGAAGAAAGAAACAUAUUUACGCAAGUCGUACUGCACAUUCUUGCAGGAUUUGGGCAUGAGGCUAAAAGUGCCCCAGGUAACCAUAGCCACUGCAAUAAUAUUUUGUCAUCGGUUUUUCCUUCGUCAAUCACAUGCAAAGAAUGACAGAAGGACUAUUGCAACUGUGUGUAUGUUCUUGGCCGGGAAGGUUGAAGAAACUCCUCGUCCAUUGAAGGAUGUUAUUCUGGUUUCUUACGAGAUAAUCCACAAAAAAGAUCCUGCUGCAGCCCAGAGGAUUAAACAGAAGGAAGUAUAUGAGCAACAAAAGGAGCUAAUUUUACUCGGGGAGAGGGUUGUACUUGCCACUUUGGGUUUCGACCUCAAUGUUCACCACCCAUAUAAGCCCCUUGUUGAAGCGAUAAAGAAAUUCAAGGUUGCUCAGAAUGCCCUUGCUCAAGUUGCAUGGAAUUUUGUAAAUGACGGGCUGAGAACAUCGCUCUGCCUGCAAUUUAAGCCUCAUCAUAUUGCGGCAGGUGCCAUUUUCCUUGCUGCCAAGUUCCUCAAAGUGAAGCUUCCAUCGGAUGGUGAGAAGGUCUGGUGGCAAGAAUUUGAUGUCACCCCACGUCAAUUGGAGGAAGUUAGCAAUCAAAUGCUGGAACUCUAUGAGCAAAACAGAGUGCCCCCAUCCCAGGGCAGUGAGGUGGAAGGAAGUGUUGGCAGUGGGCCUGGGCCAAGUCAUCGGGCCCUGUCAAAACCUGCAUCUGUGACUGAGGAACAGGCUUCAAAGCAGAUAUCAUCUCGUCUCGUGCCUGAUUCAUCUGCUGACAAUCAUAGCAUGCCACAAAGAAGCAUGCAAAAUCAAAGUAAUGAAAAUGGGAGUACAGAGAUGGGUAGUGUUAUUACUGAUCACGAGGUGGAUGUUGAAAUUAAAGAUGGUCAGCAUCCUGAGCAUUUACUCCAAAAGGAGGUCAUGAGAGAAGUUCCAAAUCGAUUCAAGUCUGGAACAGAGCGAGUUGGCGGUGAAGACCAAGAAAGGAAUGCUGAGAGAAAUGAGAGUGCAGAAGCAGGAGAGUGGAGGGAUGAUGGUCCCUCACGCAAGUCCAGCAGUAUGGUUGGUCGAAAUUUGGAGCUUCGGGAUGGCCCUGUUGGCCAGUCACCCAAAGAAGCGAUAAAGAUGAUUGACAAGGACAAGGUUAAGGCAGCACUUGAGAAAAGAAGGAAGUCUCGUGGGGAAAUCACACGCAAGAAAGAUGUGAUGGAUGAGGAUGAUCUGAUUGAGAGGGAACUAGAAGAUGGUGUUGAAUUGGCAGUAGAGGAUGAGAAAAACAAGCGUGAUAGAAGGCAAAGCUGGUCGAAAUACGAGAACUUAGAUCAGGAGGAAAUUGGAGAAGGAAACCAUUUGGGGAUAAAGGGGCAAUCGUCAAGGGGAUUGGAAGUGGUGGAGAAUGCAGAAGAGGGAGAGAUGUUGGAUGAGGCUUCGCCUAUUUUGAACAGCCGGAAGAGAAAAGGCGGAAGUCCAGUGGAGCGGCAGUUAGAGGGGAAGAAGAGGCAUGAUUACAUUUCGUCUUCUUGGAAAAUUUAGUUGGUUUUGUUCUAUUAAAUGUAUUGAUGGGAGAACGUGACCAAAUUCAAACGGACUAGGGAAAAAUUUAUGUUUAUCGGUAUGUACUUUGGUGUUCAGUUUGAGGAAUUGAAUUGGGUUUGUAAGUUCAUGUUGUGGUAAAAAAUGGUGUACUCUAUUUUUGUCCUAAA